UUCGCUCUUCAGCACUCCUGCUCCGAAGUACGAAGUAACUCGACCCGCAACAAUCAUCAUGUACAAGUUCGUCGUUCUCGUCGCUCUGUUGGGCUGCGCCAUGGCCGCACCUGAACCCGGCUACCUGGCGGCGCCGGUCGUCGCGGCGGCGCCCGCGGUAGCGGUCGCCCAUACCGUCCCGGUCGCCACCAGCUACGCCAACACCUACAAGGUGUCCGUCAAGAGUCCACUCGUGGCAGCAGCCCCUGUCGCCUACACCGCACCGAUCCUCAAGGCUGCCCCGGUCGUUGCCGCCGCGCCGGUCGCCUACGCCGCCCACGCUCCCGUCGCCUACGCCGCUCACGCUCCCGUCGCCUACGCCGCUCAUGCCCCCGUCGUCGCUCUUCACUAAGGGAAUCUCAUCCCUAACCAUUUUUCCAUCCGGACGCAGCGUCACGAUGACGAUUCAUCGAAACGAUCGAUCCAUUGAUCCACCUGCAGAUCUAUCAGACUAAUCUUGUACCAGCCAGAUCGCGCGGUCAAACGACCGAUCGCUACGAUCAAUCAA